GAGCUUUACGGCUUCUGAGGUGUAGCAGUGUCCGCGACGGGCUGUUGGGGAAAGGUCUCGCGGUGGUCUCAGAAACGUCUGGGCAUCCAGUAGAUGUAGUAUUCUCCACUGGUGGGAAUACAUUUGGGACUACAUGAAUGAAAAUGAAAACCUGAGAUAACAAGAAUGGAUUUUGCUUUCUCUGUAGCAACCACCGGGAGACUCGGAAUUAAAAGUAGAAAAACGUCGUAGUUAUUGUACAGAUGUGUGAGUUCUCGGUUACAAGUCAUUUAGAUGAACUUCAGUGAAAUGACUCUUCAGGAAUUGGUGCACCAGGCUGCCUCUCUUUAUUUGGACAAAGUAGCUGUGUGUUUUGAUGAAUGUAACAACCAGCCUCCACUUUGUUGUACCUAUAAGACUGUGGUUACUGAUGCUUCGGGAUUAUCAAAUUUUCUCCUAUCACACUGUGACUUCGAAGGAAUUCGAGAAAUUGGUCUCUACUGCCAGCCUGGGAUUAAUUUACCCUCUUGGAUUUUAGGAAUUCUCCAAGUCCCUGCUGCUUAUGCGCCUAUUGAUCCGGAUUUACCAUCAUCACUAUCAACUUAUUUUAUGAAAAAAUGUAACCUAAAGUACAUCCUUGUUGAAAAAAAGCAAAUUAAUAAAUUCAGGUCUUCCUUUGAAACGCUAUUGAACUACGAUCCAUUUACAGUUGAACAUAAUGGCCUCGUACUCUUCACACUUCGGUGGAAACACGGAGAGGUGAACUUGAUGCUGAGUGACAGAAAAGAGCACCAUGAAAAGGAAGCGAUAACAGACAGCGUAAGUUCCGAGAACUGCGAUGAAGAAAAAGCAGAACACAUGGACGUGAGGCGAAAGCAUUGCUUAGCCUACGUUCUCCACACCUCAGGGACUACAGGGGUGCCGAAGGUCGUCAGAGUGCCUCAUGAGUGUAUAGUGCCAAAUAUCCAGCAUUUCCGGAUACUUUUUGACGUCACACAAGAAGAUAUUUUAUUUCUGGCUUCACCUCUGACCUUCGAUCCUUCUGUUGUGGAAAUAUUUGUUGCCUUAUCGAGUGGUGCCACUCUGCUCAUUGUGCCAACUGUUGUCAAGGCGCGCCCAUCACAGUUAGCUUCCGUUCUCUUUUCCCAUCACCGAGUGACUGUGUUGCAGGCAACGCCAACAUUGCUUAGAAGAUUCGGAGCUCAGCUUAUCAAAUCCAGUGUUUUGUCAGCCAGUACUUCCCUUCGAGUGUUAGCUCUUGGUGGCGAAGCCUUUCCGUCAUUGACUGUCCUCAGAAGCUGGAGAGGAGAAGGCAACAAAACACACAUAUUUAAUGUCUAUGGAAUCACAGAAGUAUCGAGUUGGGCGACCUUUUACAGGAUUCCAGAGAAGAGUCUUACCUCUACUUUGAAAUGUGAAAUGCCUGUACAACUGGGAUUUCCACUGCUUGGAACAGUAGUUGAAGUCAGAGAUACUAAUGGUUGCACAAUUCAAGAAGGCAAUGGCCAAGUAUUUUUAGGUGGUGGAAGCAGAGUGUGUUUUCUUGAUGAUGAAGUGACAGUACCACUUGGCACAAUGCGAGCCACAGGAGACUUUGUGACUGUGAAAGAUGGAGAGAUAUUUUUCUUGGGACGAAAGGACAGUCAGAUCAAACGUCACGGCAAACGUCUUAACAUUGAACUUGUGCAACAGAUUGAUGUUUCUGAGUUAAACAAGUUAUAUUUAAACUACAUAAACUUGAAGUCUGAGUAUAAGCUCAAUGGAAAAGAGGAACUUUGGGAAAAAUUACAGUAUUUGUGGAAGUCUAUUCUGAGUCUCUCCGAAGAUCUUUUGAAGGUUCCUGAUGAGUCAUUCUUCUUAAAUAGUGGUGGUGAUUCCUUAAAGUCCCUACGACUCCUCAAUGAGAUUGAAAAACUUAUUGGUGUGUCCGUACCUGGGCUUCUGGAAAUGAUUCUCAGCAGUUCCCUUUUAGAGAUUUACAAUCACAUUCUUCAAACGGUGUUUCCAGAUGAAGAUCUGACACCCGGCAAGAGUUGUGCCACAAAAAGGAAACUCAGUGACAUUGAUCAAGAGGAAGCUGGUGGCAAAGCUCUGCAUCAGAAAUCUGUCGUGCCUUUAAAUUGCGACAAUGAGAUUAAGGCUUUUGCACUCAGCAGAGGGAGUCAGGUUUCGUCUGUGGAUCCUACUAUGUCUUCAACUAAGUUAGGAAACUGCCUUUCAGUCUGUUCUUCUGAUUUAAUGUCACAGACUAACAGUCAGAAUUCAGAAAGCUUAAAUCCUCCAGCUCUAAUCAGGAAGUCAAAAGACCUAUCCCUUGUUGCAGAAGUUUCUGAAAAGGGCAAACCUGUGGCAGAGUCUGAGAAAACAGAGUUCUGCGUGCGGUGGAGGUCGGACACUGGCAAAUGCGUAGAUGCUUCCCCACUAGUUAAAAUAAUAGUUAACCACGUGCUGAUUAAUAGUGUGGGCCUUGGAUUGGAACCUCGCUGUUAUGAUGGAUUAGUUUAUGUUCUAAAAAGUAAUACUGGAGAAAACUACUGGAGGUUUACUACAGAAGAUGCUGUCAAAAGCUCGGCCACAGUGGAUCCAACCACAGGACUCCUGUACAUUGGCUCUCAUGACCAGCAUGCAUACGCUUUAGAUAUUUAUAAAAAGAAGUGUGUUUGGAAGUUAAAAUGUGGGGGAACUGUCUUUUCUUCUCCUUGUUUGAGCCUGAACCCACAUCAUCUAUAUUGUGCUACACUGGGAGGACUUUUACUGGCUGUAAAUCCUGCUACUGGGAACAUAAUUUGGAAACAUUCCUGUGGAAAGCCACUCUUCUCUUCUCCGCAGUGUUGCUUACAAUAUAUUUGCAUCGGCUGUGUUGAUGGGAAUUUACUCUGCUUUACUCACUUGGGAGAACAGGUUUGGCAGUUCUUUACCAGUGGACCGAUCUUUUCAUCCCCAUGUAUCUCAGCAUCAGAGCAAGACAUAUUUUUUGGUUCCCAUGAUUGCUUUAUCUACUGUUGUAACAGGAAAGGUCACCUCCGAUGGAAAUUUGAAACUACUUCACGGGUAUAUGCAACACCGUUUGCUUUCCAUAACCAAGAUCACAGCACUGAAAUGUUGCUGGCAGCAGCAUCUACGGAUGGGAAACUGUGGAUCUUGGAUUCUCAGAGUGGACAACUGAGAAGUGUGUAUGAACUUCCCGGAGAGGUCUUCUCUUCUCCUGUAGUCUGGGAAUCAAUGCUCAUUAUUGGAUGUAGAAAUAAUUAUAUUUAUUGUCUGGAUUUAUUGGGUGGCAAUAAAAAAUAAUCAGGUACAAUCCUUAUUAGCAUAUAUCUGUGAGAUGUUUGAAAAUAUUUUACCAU